GGGAAGAUGCUCCGGUUGGCGUGGCCACCUCUGCUGUUGCUGCUGUUUCCAUCGCCGGGGCAGACGGCACCCAAAGACGGAGGCUUGAGGCCGGAUGCUGCAGAAUGGGCCAAACCCCUGCCCGAUCCCUUCCAGCCGGGACAGGAGCAGCUGCGGCCGCUGCAGACAUACCUCAAGGGCCUGGAACAGGCAGCCGGAGACCCGGAGCACAUGGGCCGGGAACAGGUGCUCUUAUACCUCCUGGCGCUGCAUGACUAUGACCAGAGCGGACGGUUGGAUGGGCUGGAGCUGCUGGAUCUGCUGGGGGCGGUCCUGGCCCCGGGGGAAGGUGCCCUGCCCCCUUCCACCCCCCAGGUGAUCGAGCUGGUCGACACGGUGCUGGCGACGCGGGACUCAGACGGAGAUGGGCUGCUGACGCCUGUGGAGUUACUGGCCCUCCCAGGGGACACGUCAGAAGACCAAGAGAACCGAGACUCGCUGGCUCCGGCGCUCCCGAGCUCCGAGCAGGUUGGCAAGGAGGUGCCGGAGCCCGCAGAUCCGUUGGAACAAGGAACGGGAGAGACUGGAGAGCUGGGGGAAGCCGUAAGGGCCGGCAGAGAGGCUUUGGAGCUUGCAGGGGAGGCCGAGCAACUGGGAGAGGCCACGGGAGGUAGAGGGGAGGAUGAGGGACUCGGGGAAGGGGCUUCAGAGCAGGGGAAGCUCCAGGGGGAAUUUGAAGGAGAUGUGCUGGAGGAGGUUCACAGCAUCCACCUGGAGAAUGAGAUGUGAGCUCAGGCCGCCUGGGGAACAGAGGACAGUUCUCAGGGUUGAGGGGCUGCCGGCAGCUCCGGGUGCGGCCCCGGGGUCCACCUGUCCUCCCUGCUCCCGGGCCCAACAGAGCCUCCGCUCUCCCUGCGUCCCGAGGGAAGAGAGGCCCCGAGUGACAGGGGCCGGGGCUCAGCGCAGCCAAUAAAGAACUCCAUCCCCUUC